AUGGACACUUCUUCCGAUGCCGUUGUAUCCCAUAUGAGCAACGGCCAGUCUUUUGAAAUCACUGACCCCGUGUUUCCGACUGCGAUCCAAGAACUCAAGCACGAAACCACAGGGGAACCAGGUCCAAUGCAAUCACAAUAUCCACUCGAGGGUUUAGAAAACAAUGCGCAUGGCGAUAUGAAUAUUGACCCAGGUCCACUGUCACAUCCGCCCUCCGAGCAGCUAUCCGAGCAGAAAUCAGAAGACAAGAAGUCUACGAAACCCCGAAAGCGUCAUGACCCUGAUGCUGAACCACGUUCCUCGAUCCAUUCCUCCAAGAAUGAGGGCCAGCAUACUGACAAGCGAUACCUCUGCUACGUCUGUCACAAGCUCUUCACCCGCCGGCGCUCCGUCCGCGAUCAUAUCGCAAAGAUUCAUGGCAGCAAGUCUUGGGAGCCUCUGAAGAGCUUAGAGGUGACUGUAGAUCCGGAUACAGGAGAGCCAGUCGAGUCGAUCGAUGAUGUGGUUGCCAGAGGCCCACCGUCUGCGCCAGAGAGACCAGCUGCCAAACCCAAGAAAGAGAAGGAGUCAAAGGCAGGGAGCCCAGAAGCCGCCGAUGAACAGCCUAGUGCCAGCGCUGUGGCUCCGGACACAGAUCCUAAACCUGGGGCUGAAUUCGACCUUGGCGAAUUUCCCAGCGAGUCGCCCAAGGAUGAAACUCCUGAGCGCUCCAUUGCAGAAGAGAAGCGUCCAAAGGUGCUCGCAUCGGAUCGCAAAAGCACGCCGAAAGUUGACACUACCGAAGCUGCGAGGAGUACAUCGACUCAACCUACUCAACCUGCGCCCGUCAUUGGCAAGAAACGACCUGCCGCAGAAAGCCUAAAGCCCUUGCCCUCAGCUCUUACCAAGAAGGGAACAGCCAAGCCGAGGCCGAAGAAGCCACGACUCACCGAGAGCGACUCUGUCUCGGAUCGCGGUACACCAUUUCGAUCGCCAAGCGCGACUCCGCUGUCAGCCCGACCUCAGUCGUCCAAGCUCAAGAAACAGCUCAGUGCUGCCUCAUCGCCAGCCUCUUCGCGAGCAGCUUCUGUUGAGCGUGCUUCGCCUUCACCCUCUGUUGCCGACACCCCGGGUAGUUCGAAUGACGACGGUGAGGUCUUUUGCAUCUGCCGUAGAGGCGAUAACCAUACCUGGAUGAUUGCCUGCGACGGCGUCUGUGAGGAGUGGUAUCACGGCAAGUGUGUCAACAUCAGGGAAAGAGACGGUGACCUCAUCGACAAGUACAUUUGCCCACGGUGUACACGGGACGAUUUACAAACCACAUGGAAACGCAUGUGCCGUCGACAAGAUUGUCGCAAGCCAGCCAGAGUCUUCCAGGACCCGCCCAGCAAGUACUGCAGCAAAGAGUGUGGAAGGAUGUUCUUCGUUGAACUUGUUCGCCGCGGCGAUCCAUACAUCGAGACUCUAAAGAACGACCAGUUUAUCAUCGACGCCAAUCGGCCCAAGAAAAUGCGAAAGAAGCGUAAGGCAGCCAACAUCAAUCUCAAGGACAGUCCGCGAAAGGCGCUGCCGGAGACCGCUGGCGAUGCUAUCGAGAACUCUGACAGCCGGAUGGCCACUCCCGCCUACAGUGAGGAGGAGAGGAGCGAAUACGAGACCGACUCAAGCGCUGAUGAGGACGAGCUGCCGAAUCGAGGCGGUCCUCUUCGCGCCGGCGAAGUUAAAGCAAUUACGGAGCAGUGCAAAACCCUGGACCAGUGGAUCGACCUCGGACGUAAGCCAGACACUCCUCCCCCGGAGUCAGAGGACAACAAAGCGGAAGUAUUACUGGAUGACUUCGAGAAAACCAAGCUUGCCGAGAUUCAACAGCAGAAAGUCGAAAACACCAACCAACUCGCCAUCCUCGACGCGAGAGAAAAGUUUCUGGACGCUGUAAAGGCGAGAAGCGGCGGCAUCACCGACGAAGUUAAGAAAUCACUUCCAAAGUCCAAAGACCUCUGCGGCUACGACCCGCGCCUGGCCUGGAACGAAGAUGUCUUCAACAACUGGUACCACACUAAGGGUGGGAGGGAGAUCUUGAAUUCUGCUAACCCGAAAAUAGGUCCACCUGAUGAUGACAUGUUCACAGGUGACGACGGCCAGAGGCUAAUCAAUGGAGUGGAUGACAAUAGUGAUGGCGAAGGUGAAGGUGGGCGGCCUUUGAGGAAAGGGGGAAUAUGUGUCAAGAACAAAUGUCCAAGACAUCGCCAAUGGGCUCGAACACAACUGGCAGAGAUCCGGUUCGAGCAAGACGUGAUAAAGCGAUGCAUCAGGAAGACAGAGGAACUCGAACGAGGGAUCAAGGAUCGUGCCAGCUUGAGAGCGUGGGAACGGCAGUAG